AUGAAGUCGAACGUCGCAGCUCUCGUUCCGCUCGCUUUGGCGGGCACAGCCCUCGGCGCCGCCGUCCCGUCUGGCAAGACCUCCUGCCAGGACUUGUGGACGGAGGCUCCGAAGCACUUGCCUUCGCUCGAGGUGUACUACGCCGAUGACGUCGCUGCGGGCACCAACUUUACGACGCCGUACGCUACGCCCGCUUACCCGCAGGCCGUCCCCGAAGUUCCCGCUUUCUGUCGCUUCGGAGCGUACAUCCACACCUCCAACUCGUCCAAGGUCCAGUUCGAGGUCUGGCUCCCGACGGCGGCCCAAUGGUCGGGUCGCUUCGCCAUGGUCGGCAACGGCGGUGACGCUGGAGGCGUGAACUUCCCCGACAUGUGGGCUCCUAUCGCCAAGUACGGCUUUGCUGUCGCCUCGACCGACACGGGACACAACGGUACAUCGGGAGACGGCACCUUCGCGCUCAACGGUCCCGAAACCCAGAUCGACUUUGGCUACCGCGCCGUCCACCUCACGACCGUCUACUCGAAGGAGAUCCUCAAGCUCUACUAUGGCAAGAAGCAGAAGACGUCGUACUGGCUCGGCUGCUCGAGCGGAGGCAAGCAGGGCCUCAAGGAGGUUCAGAUGUUCCCCGACGACUACGACGGCGUCAUUGCCGGAGCCGCCGCUCAGUGGUGGCAGCACCUCAACGCGCAGACGUACCGCAUUAACGCCCUUGUCAACCCAACGACGUCGCCCAACCACCUCAACGCUUCCGACUACACCGUCAUCGGCGCCGAGGUCUACAAGCAGUGCGACGAGCUCGACGGCGUCAAGGACGGCGUCAUCCGCAACCCGCGCAAGUGCAAGCCCGACCUCUCGCCGCUCCUUUGCUCGGCUGCCGGCGCGAACCAGUCGACCUGCCUCACGCAGGGCAAGAUCGACACGAUGCACGCGAUUUGGGCCAACUGGACCGCUACGACUCGCGACGAGUUUCUCUUCUACGGCUUCGAGCCUGGAGCAGAGGCGGCCGGCAAGGUCUUCUCGGUUAACGGCAUGCCCUACGGUCCUGGACCCGACUACUUCCGUUACCAAGUCCUGAAUGAGACGACCGUCGGUACCUUCACCGCCAACGAGACGGAGCUCGAGCGCCUGCUCGCUAUCGCCGAUGAAACCGAUCCAGGCCAAACCAACGCAUGGAACCCCAAUAUUCAGAAGUUCCUGAAGAAGGGCAAGCUCCUCACCUACGUCGGACUCGCCGACACGCUCAUCCCGACCGGCUCGACCAUCGGCUACUACGAGCGCGUCCGCUCCGCCCUCGGCCAGCCCAAGAACUUCAACGACGCGUACAGGCUCUUCACCGUUCCCGGCAUGUGGCACUGCAGGGGCGGUCCUGGUGCCUACAACUUUGGCGGGCCCGGUCAGCGCCAGCUCAGCCUUGGCGGCGGCGGACAAGGCUCCUCCUUCGACUCGCAGCACGACAUGGUCCUCGCCAUGAUUGACUGGGUCGAGAAGGGCAAGGCGCCCGAGACGAUCAUCGCGACGAGCUACGUCGGCGCCGACAAGCGCAACGGGACUGCGUUCGAGCGCCCGCUUUGCACGUACCCCAAGGAAGCGGUCUAUAUCGGCGGAGACCAGAACAAGGCGUCGAGCUUCGAGUGCAAAUAUGUCGGCUAG